AUGCUCCUCUCCACGGUUAGCAAGUCACCUAUGAUGUACCAGGUGACACCUCGGCGGUCAGCUUUGAUAAUUGAGCACAUGCAGAAUGAUCUCGUCCAUCCCAAAGGCGCCUUCUGCAACGGCGAUUUCCGGUAUCUCAUCCCGAAGAUCAACAGUCUGCUGGCAACACCAGGCUUUCUGCUUCGCGUUGCAACUACAGCUAGUCCACCUCAUGAUCACGAGAUCAUGGCUCACAACCACCCUAGUAAGCGAGCCUUCGAUCAUCAUGACCAUCAUUGCCCUGUCAAGCGCAAAGAUCGAAAACCGACCAAGCUCCCUCUUAUGCCGAAGUACCUGCAGAAAGGGACGUGGGGACAUCAGUUUCUCGAUGGCUUCGAAAUCGACAAAGUCGAUUUCAUCUACGAGAAGUUGACAAACUCGAAAGUUGUGAACUUCUCCUGCUUCGGUGAUGCACGUGGUAAUCCCACCAGACAUCUGCCCGCCGGCUCAGCCUCUCAUGACCUCCAAACAGAACUCGAGAAGCGAGACAUCACCGAUAUCUUUGUGCCAGGUCUUGGUGGGGAUCAUUGUGUUGCCGAGACUGCCAGAGCUGCUGUCAAGAUGGGCUACACGUCUCAUGUCGUCGAGGACUGCUUGGCAUUUCAUGAUGCCACGAAGAAUGAUUGA